AUGCCAUAUCUCAACGACUCAGCCUAUAUAUAUUUUUAUUAUUUUAAAUAAGUUUCCUGUUUAAUUCAAUCUCCUAGAUUUUUUAUAUAUGGCAAUCAGGUUAUUGUGUAUGUAUUAGUUUUAGCAUCUUUUCCUCUCUUCCCUUCUGUGCACCAUAUACAGCUCCCAAGUUCGAAUCGCAGAAGGUCUACUCAUAGAUUUGCUGGUAUAUCUGUCUUUCCCAUCCAACAGUUCAUCUUCAUUCUCUCCAUCAUCAUAUAUAGUCCAGAUCUAGUCCAUUAAAAUAAAACUGAGAAUCCCAGUAAGAGCACGAAAACGUGUUUUGACCAUAUCUCUUCAAUUCGUUGAAAGUGUUAGAGCUUUUUCGGUUAAUUGUAGUAAAUGGAUAACAAAGAGGGUGUUUUGAUGCAACGUUACGAGUUAGGGAAGAUGAUUGGACAUGGGAAUUUUGCAAAAGUCUACCAUGGAAGGAACAUUGAAACCGGGACAAGUGUUGCAAUUAAGAUCAUAGACAAAUCAAAGGUAAUGAAAGCCGGAAUGAUGAAGCAAAUAAAGAGAGAGAUCUCGGUGAUGAAAUUAGUCAAACACCCGCAUAUAGUACAGCUCCACGAAGUCAUGGCUAGCAAAACCAAGAUUUACUUCGUUUUAGAAUACGCUAAAGGAGGUGAGCUCUUCGAUAAGCUGAUUAAAGGGAAGCUGAAAGAAGAUGCUGCAAGAAAAUACUUUCAACAGCUCAUCGGUGCCAUCGGUUUCUGCCAUAGCCGGGGAGUUUACCACCGGGAUUUGAAACCUGAGAAUUUGUUAUUAGAUGAUGAAGGGAAUUUGAAGGUUUCAGAUUUUGGUUUGAGUGCUUUGGAUGAAACAAGGAGGCAAGAUGGUUUGCUUCAUACAAGUUGUGGUACCCCUUCGUAUGUUGCUCCUGAAGUGAUUGACCAGAAAGGGUAUGAUGGGGAAAAAUCGGAUAUUUGGUCUUGUGGGGUGGUUUUGUUUGUGCUUUUGGCUGGUUUUCUUCCAUUUCAUGAUUCUAACCUCAUGGAGAUGUAUAGAAAGAUCACAAUGGGAAAAUUCAAGUUUCCAAAUUCGUUCCCCAACGAAGCAAAAAGUUUAGUGUCAAAGAUCUUGGAUCCAAACCCUGAAACAAGGGUUUCAAUUGCUGAAAUAAUGGAAACCCCGUGGUUUAAAAUGGGUUUGGUGUCUGAACCACAAAGAACCGACAAAAUGGUUUCUAACAGUUUAGAAAACCGUUCCGAUUCACUUAAGGACUCUCAUGUAGAGAAAACUAGUGACUCCAUAUAUCUAACAAAAGCAACAACAGACAGUUUGGAAAAAGAUGGUGAAUUAAACGCAUUUGAUAUCAUUGCGUUGUCUCGAGGAGUCAACUUGUCGGGAUUGUUCUACCACAAUGCUGAAGAUGAGAAAGAAGUGAGGUUCAUGUCAAGACAGACGCGUGGGGUUAUCAUUUUGAAGCUGGAAGAAAUAGCCAAAACUUGGAAGUUGAAAGUGAUGAAAAACAAUGGAGUGUUGCUAAAGAUGGAUGGUUUAGAAGAAGGCAUAAAUGGUGGUUUAGCCAUUGAUUGUGAAAUACACGAGAUUACGGCUAAUCUUCACCUCAUUGAGGUAAAGCGAUCGGGAGACGAUAGGUUCGGGUUUUGGGAGAUUGUAAACCAGCAUAUAAAACCGGCCCUUUUUGGCGUUUUAUAGCAACGGUAAAACUAAUGGAGUUAUAGUUGACGGUUGAUAAAAUGUAGAAUUAACGAAGAGUACUUCAUUUGUGUAUCCAUUUUUUCUGAUUUAUGGGCUACUAAUGCAAUGUCUAAGCCACACCAUUUAUUAAAAAGUUGUUCACAUUGUAGAAUGUAGAUAUAUCAUGUAUGAUAUGAUUAUUUGAAAAACUAGCUCUCAUUGUAUAGAAUCCAUCACAAAAAGGUGUCGUUAUGUAUAUUAUUUCAAUGGGCUUAAAAACCUCAAUGUCACUUUACUAUCU